AGAUCACUUUGCCACUGUGUCGACACAAGUCAGCGUGUGCAGAAGGACCRAAGCAGAGGUUCCUCCAUGUCUUUGUCUUUAGAUCAGGACAGCUGCUACCUGUGCAAGGAGUACCUCAGGGACCCCGUCUCCAUCCCAUGUGGUCACGUCUUCUGCUCCAUCUGCCUGAAGACGUACUGGGACCAUGCCGACCACACAGGUUCCUACCAGUGCCCCGAGUGCAGGGUGACCUACAACAAGAGGCCCACCCCCAGGCGCAUGUCAGGCUCCCGCUACUCCACCAGCCAACGCACCUCGGAGCCCUUCCCACCGCCGCCUCCGUCCCCCGACUACAACUACGCAGGACCCCAGGAUGUCGGCUGUGACAUCUGCGUGGGCAAGAAGCACAAAGCCGUCAAGUCCUGCCUGAUGUGCCUGGCUUCCUACUGCGAGAAGCACCUGAAGCCCCACUUUGAGUCGGCCACCUUUAAGAGGCACAAGCUGGUGGAUGAAAUCGGCCACCUGGACCGGCAGAUCUGCCCGCAGCAUCAGAAAGGCCUGGAGCUGUUCUGUCGCACCGACGAGAUGUGCAUCUGUGUGCUGUGCACGGUGAAGGAACACAAGGGCCACGACAUGGUGUCGGCGGAGCAGGAGAGAGCCGACGAACAGCAACGACUGGGGGCCACUCAGGCUGAGAUCCAGGAGAGGAUUCAUGACCGCCUGAAGCAGAUGGAAGAACUAAAGCAUGCAGUGGACGCACUCAAGAGCUCGGCCCAGAGGGCACUGCAGGACUGUGAGAAGAUGUUCGGCGACAUGAUGCGCUCCAUUGAGAGGAUGCAGCAGGAGAUGACCAAGCUGAUAUCGUCCAACAAGAGAGCGGCCCUCAACAACGCUGAGGGCCACAUGGAGCGUCUGACCCACGAGAUCAAUGACCUGAAGAGGAGAGACAACGAGAUCACCCAACUGUCCCGCACCGAGGACCACAUCCACUUCAUCCAGAGUUACCACAUGCUGAUAGCCCAGACCGAGGCCGAGGAGCUGCCGUCAGUUUCUGUCAACCCCUACUUCAGCUUCGGCCCCGUGACCAAAGCUGUGUCUGAGAUGAAGCAGCACCUGAGCGAGUUCGGUAACGAUGAACAAGUGAAGGUGGCCACGACAAUUAACAAGAUGACCUUCUGUCAGCUGGAUGAUCCUAAAAGGAAAAAAUCCAUCAAAAGUGAAGAAGCUGUGAUGUACAAGUCUGUCCCAGUCCAGGAGCCUCGGACCAGAGACGACUUCCUGAGAUAUGCUUGUCAGCUCACUCUGGACCCAAACACAGCCUACAGACAGCUCUAUUUGUCUCGAGGAAACCGAAAAGCCACCUUAAAGAGAGACGCCCAGUCCUACAGCGACAACGCCGCCCGGUUCGACUCGCUGCCACAGGUCCUGUGUAAGGAGCCCAUCUCUUCAGGGGUCUACUACUGGGAGGUAGACUGGAGUGGGGAGGGGGCUGCCAUUGGAGUCACCUACAAAGGCAUCAAGAGGUCGGGCUACGGCGACGCCUGCCGCAUCGGCUACAACCGCAAGUCCUGGAGUCUGUUCUGCUCCGACUCGUGCUACUCAGCCCGCCACAAUAAGGACCAGAUCGAGGUCAAAGCUCCUUACUCCUCCCGCAUCGGGGUCUUCCUGGACCACGAUGGGGGCGUUCUCGCUUUCUACGCUGUCGGAGAAACCUUGAGUCUCAUCCACCGCUUCAAGGCCUCGUUUAGUGAACCUGUGUAUCCUGGCUUCUGGGUUUGGUACGAGUCUGCCAUCACCAUCCUUCAGCUGUGAUUGAAUGACACACAACUAAUGAUCACUGCACAAGUCUGUACUGAAAACACUGCUCUGUGGUAAUGUUUGUGUUUUAACAAGAGAGUUGUUGCUUCUUUGUUGUUUUUAGCACACAAAAAAUGUGUUGAUCGGGGGGAAAUGUGAUGAAUGUGAAUUUUUUUAAAUCRGCAAUAUUACAAGGGAUAUAAAGUGAGCGGGCAUUAACAUUUUAAUGAUGAAUUAUCCAAAAUGUAAUGAUUGAAAUAUAAUAU